GAUGAAAACGGCAAACAGCUGGAUGCAGAACGAACGUCGCUUCAAGUCCCGCACCGUCAUGAAUCCGCCGAACUCGACACCCAACUCGAGCCAACUGAAGAGGGGCCUGAAAGGCGGCGCCUGGCGACCGUGGAGGCGCCCGGUAGGCAGUGCAGGACGCUCCCGACGGCAGGAAGUCGACGAGCGGCCUCAAGAGCAGCUCGUCUUCGACAACUCGCACGUGGGUCGCUGCCUGCGCUACGUGUCCUUCGUGCUGGGCCUGGGCGUGACCGCGUCGGUGACGCUGUUCACCCCGCCUGUGCUGCUCGCGGAUCGCCUCGGGUCCUGCGAACGCGGCUGCCUGUUCCUCGACCAGGAUUUGGGCCGAUCGCUCGACCACAGCGUGCACCCUUGCGAUGAAUUUUACGAGCAUGUGUGCAGUGGCUGGGAUGCGAGGAAAACCCGCUACCUGUCCCCCUUGGACAUGUACCGGGCCGCCUUCAGCAGGCGCAUCGUCAUGGGCAUGAUGCUCGAGAAGAUCCCUUCGCGUUCGGCCACUGCCAAGGGAAGGGCUGCAGGAUUCCUUUUCCGGUGCCUGAGUCGGGGGGAAACGAAAAACGUCUCGGCAGUCGUCGCGUUCCUUCAGGAACUGGGUCUCCCGUGGCCGAACAAGUCUCCGACAAACCGCCAGCAGCUGCUCGACAUUUUUGUGACAGCGUCAUUGGAGUUUGGCAUGCCGAUGUUCUUGGCCUUUUACAUUGGUCGCCACCCCUCCCAAGCGACCGCUAACGCCAUCUAUAUGACUCUGGAACCACGCAUCCGCGAAUGGAUUAGUGACAUAGAGGCCCUCGCCGAAAGGAGCGAAGAGGACGACUACUUGAGGCGUUGCGCGGAGAUCGUCGGCCGCGAGGGACAGUCCUACUCCAUCAUGAUCCGGGAAGUGCUGCGGACACACUCUGAGGUCGUAGACCUCGUGCGAGGCUUUUGGAGAAGGCACGCCUUGCCACGGUUUUACAACCUCAGCGACCCGGAUCUCCGGAGGGCCAUCAACGGCCACCUCCCGGAUGACUCGCAGCUGUGGCCCGAAGACGAGAUUGUCGUUCUGCAGCCUGACUUAAUCGCGAAGCUAGACGCGGAGCACUUGAGCCCCAGCGGGUUCCAGGAGAGCUUCAAGCUGUUCCUUGGCGCGUACGUGGUCUGGGCGUUGUCGCCGCUGGUGUCCAGACACUUGAGCACCCGCAUGCUUCUCGAAGUGGGUGGACGAGACGGCGAAGCGAACCAGCGUCUCUCCAAGUGCAUCCAAACUCUGGAGAUGGUGAUGCCACUCGUGAUGUGGCAGCUGCACCGUGACGCGCAGAGGAACCUGUGGCCAACCUGGACCAUCACGCGCUUAUCCGCACGCUCACUGGCUUCGUUCUUUCACUCGUACAGCGACGUACCACAAGCAUUCGCGAGCGCAAUCUUGACGAACGUCGGAGCAAACUCCUUCAACAUGACGAACACGUGGGAAACGCUAGAUAACGCUCUGGCCUACCUCUCGGACAACACGGACGCGCCUUUCUUCGAUCUUUACCGAGCAGCGGCCAGGGCAACAGUGACGUUCUUCAAACAGUCGCUGCGACAGCCAAAGCACAAUAUCCACCACAUCCCAGGCCUCGCUAGUGUCGAAGUCUACCGGCUGAUUGUGACUCGCGAAGUGUCGAUUCCCCACUUCCUGACAUCUCCGCCCCUAUACCAGCCAUGGUACCCAGCCGCCGUGAUCUCAGCUCUAGCUGGAACCCGAGCCAUCGCCCAAAUAUCGGCGCUGCUUCGAAUUGCACUAUAUUACGACAGUCGUUUUCAACCCCACCACUCAGGCCGCGUCCCACCCAAGGCAGAAGGGUUCGUGCGGGACCUAAUGAAAUUCAAGCGUACGUUCAACGCCAGCGGCAUCUUCCCCGACGCGACCAAGCAGGAGAUCGGCACCGUCUACAGUGAAAGCAUCGCGACGCACGCGGCGAGCGGGUUGUUGGAUAUGCCCGAGUGGCGCCGAUCUUCUUCGGGCUCUGGUCGCGACCCUUCGUCAGACGGGGACCCACCGAACCCGUUCCGGAGCUUUCAACCCGAGCAGCUCUUCUUCUAUCUCACCUGUUUCGCACGGUGCGGGAAACAGGGCCGUCAGCGUCGGGAAAACAUCGCCAUAUGCAACUUCGCCCUUCCUGCGUCACCACGUUUCCGACAGGCAUUCAAGUGCCUUCCGCGACACCGACUCGCCAUGAACUUCACUUGGCCAGAGCUCCCUGCAGCCCCUGCCACUGUGGCCGCGUAGCGAACGAACAGUGCUCUGAUGCGUUACUGUUUUUUAUCGUGAUUUAUAUGGAUAAUACCGCAUGGGAAUGACUUAUCCUUGAAAGGCAUGCUUCAAGCGCAACUUGUUUGCCGCGUCGUGAAAACAAACUCGUUGCUCAUACUUUAGCGAACGGUUUCAUGUUGUGUUUCGAGAAAACACUGCUCGCAAUUGUUUUACAUGUGUAAGGGUUGGGGGCAUUUAUGUGUGCUGCCAUAUGAGUGAUGAUCUCUUAGCGCGUGUUUUUCACGCACUGAGCACGUCUAUCAAAUGUCACUUGGUAAAUCGCAAGUGUCGUGUUAUGUGUUCUGCAACUUCAUUCCUUUCUGUGGAUUUACCGUUCGACAUCAACCACUACAGCGAAUUUUGCCUGUACACAGGAUGUGAGAACGAUUUUCAAUUGGAACAUUCGAUAACAACCUGCUUAAAAGACAAAA